GCGUGGCCGGGCCGGCGAAACGGAACGGAACGGAACAGAACGGAACGGAACGGAACGGGCAGCGGGCGCAGCCAUGUCCUUCUGCUCCUUCCUGGGGGGAGAGGUGUUCAAGAACCACUUCCAGCCUGGUAUUUACGUGUGUGCCAAGUGUGGCCAUGAGCUGUUCUCCAGCCGUGCCAAGUACGAGCACUCGUCGCCGUGGCCGGCGUUCACCGAGACCCUGCGGGAGGACAGCGUGGCCAAGCGCGAGGAGCGCCCGGGGGCGUUGAAGGUGACCUGCGGCAAGUGUGGCAACGGGCUGGGCCACGAGUUCCUCAACGAUGGCCCCAAGAGGGGCCAGUCCCGCUUCUGAAUAUUCAGCAGCUCGCUGAAGUUCGUCCCCAAAGGUAAAGCUGACCUGAAGGAGAAGUAAGUGAGCUGCUGCACCUGCCACUGCCCUGGGCUAAUCCUGCCUCCACUCCUGGGAUGCACUGACCUGCCAAAGGGACCCACAGCAGGAGCAACCCCAAGGAAGCUCCUGGUCCGAAUUUUCCCCUGAUUGUUUGGUCACGGUUUCCUCUUGAUUUCCCUGUCAAGGUUUUAUUCUUUGAUUUCCCUGACAGUUUUCCCUGUUGCAGUUCCCCUCGAUUUCUCUGUCACGGUUCUUUCCUCAUUUCCCUGUCCUGGCUCUCUCCUGGUUUCCCUCUCACAGUCCCCCCUGGUUUCCCUGGCUCAGUUCCCCCUGGGGCUGUUCCAGCUCCACCCAGGAGCUCUGUGCCCGUGCUGAGCCCUGGAUCUUUGCUGUGACAGUGUCCAGAGGCAGGCAGGCUGUGCUGGCACUCCCAGGCACUCAGGCAGGAUUAGCUGGGCUCAGGCUCGGGGUUAAUCCCUGGAGCUAUUCUGGGAUCAUGCUAUGAAGUGCCCCAUAUAAACCCUGCCAGGGUGCUGGGGCAGGGAUGUUUGAUGGUCCCACUGGCAGCAUCCAGGGGUUUCCCCCCUGCCCACCCUGCAGGGACGGUUCCACAGCGCUGUCCUCGGCCCUGGCCUGGCCUUACCCCUGACUCAGCACUGUGCAAUCCAUCCCAGGGGCACUCAGGGUCCUGCUGGCCCUGCCCUGUGGGAGGGAGCUGGAAUUGGGCCCAGGGGCUGCCCUUGGCACUGCUCAGGCUCUGGGCGUUGUGGCUGUGCUGUCUCGGUGCUCCCAAGGGCUGCCACACUCAUUCUCCUCAAUCCAGUGCCUCAUUCCUGCCUGUCCCAGGAGCCAGAUCCUCCUCUGGAAUGGAUCCACCAGGAUUUCAAUGAGGCAAGGGGCUGCUGCUGACCCCUGGGGUUUAGGGGGCUGCACCCACACUUGGGGACACCUUGGGGCCUUUUCUCUCCUCGUGUUUUCCCUCAGUCCCACAGAUCUGAGGGCACCAGGGGAGGUUUGCCACCCCAGCUCAUUCCCUGGAGCUCACUGCUGGACCUGUCCAUGCUGAAAUAAAGCACUGAUUCACUGUG